UUCUGUGAUCGAUAUCUUUUUUAGAUCAAUCAAACCCACUGGAAUCCAUUUUUCUUUGGUUCGCUUUGCGAGUCAAGUGUAUGACAAAGAUUCAAUUUACUUCAGUGCUUAUAAUGGAAGCACACAUGCGAUACAAAAAGCUGUCAGAAACCUGGAUGGUCCUGGAGGAAGGACUUUUCUUGGAGAAGCACUUAAUUAUACCAAAAAAGUCAUAUUGUCAAAAAUGAAUGGAAACAGAAAUGAUGUUAUGGAUCAGAUCUGGUUACUGACGGAUGGAGGUUCUAGUGACCAAUUCGAGGGACCGGCAAAAGCACUAAGAGAUGCUGGUGUAGAAAUUAUGGCGCUUGCCUUCAGACAAAAAGGCAAAGAAAAAAUAUCCAUGAAAAAUUUAGUUGAAAUAACUGGACACGCAAAAAAUGUGAUCGAAAUAAAUGAUAUUUCUCAACCCUACAUGGAAAUGGGAAAAAUCUUCGCUAACGAAAAGUGCGACUAUUUCUGUCAAAGAAGGUGCUUGCCUUUAACAAAACUACCAAACGGCAAGAUAACUUGUUCGACGAAAAAAGCGACAGAAGGUUCGAAUUGUAAAUUCAAGUGCAAUAGUGGACAUAAACUGAUACAUAGCUGGAGGACCAAGGCUAAAUGCCUUGCAACUAUCGACGGAGUAGAAUGGAACCAAAAAUUGCCCUGUUGUGGAAUUGAAUGUUGUACCACUAACGUUGAAAAGGACGUUGUAAUUGUCGUAGAUUCAUCAGGAUCAAUUGGAGCUGAUGAGUAUGAAAUUACGAAAAAGAUCAUUUUAAAUACCAUACGAUCUUUCAAAGGAAAUAAAGUGCAAUUCUCCCUUGUUCACUUUAGUGACCAUGUUCACACAAAAGAUACAAUAUAUUUCGGAAACAAGUCCGCAUUAGUAGAAACUAUCAAUCAUUUUUUGUCACCUACAGGAGGUAAAAAUAAUUAUUAUCAUGCCUUCAAUGGUGUCACAUACAAUAAAUAA